GUUUUUCAAGUUGCUUACAUCAUCAUCAAAGCUGCUAAUGCCCCUCGCCCUGGAAACUGGAUUUUGGAGCGCUCAAUGGAUGGCACCAAGUUCAGCCCCUGGCAGUAUUAUGCAGUUAGUGACACGGAGUGUUUGACUCGUUACAAUAUAACCCCAAGACAGGGGCCACCCACUUACAGGGCUGAUGACGAAGUGAUCUGUACCUCGUAUUAUUCUAGGCUGGUGCCACUGGAGCAUGGAGAGAUUCAUACAUCCCUAAUCAAUGGCAGAUCAAGCGCUGAUGAUCUUUCCCCCAAGUUGUUGGAAUUUACCUCUGCACGAUAUAUCCGCCUUCGCUUACAGCGCAUCAGAACCCUCAAUGCUGAUCUUAUGACCCUUAGCCAUCAUGACCCUAAAGACGUGGAUCCUAUUGUGACAAGACGAUAUUACUACUCAAUAAAAGACAUUUCUGUUGGAGGAAUGUGUAUUUGUUAUGGCCAUGCUAGUAGCUGCCCAUGGGAUGAAAGUACAAAGAAACUACAGUGUCAGUGUGAACAUAACACCUGUGGACAGAGCUGCAGUAGCUGUUGUCCUGGAUACCAUCAGCAGCCCUGGAGGCCCGGGACCAUUUCUUCUGGUAACAUGUGUGAAGAAUGUAAUUGUCACAAUAAAGCCAAAGACUGUUACUAUGAUGAAAGUGUUGCAAAUCAGAAGAGAAGUUUGAAUACUGCUGGACAGUUCCGAGGAGGAGGAGUUUGCAUAAAUUGUCUGCAGAACACCAUGGGAAUCAAUUGUGAAACCUGUAUCGAUGGAUAUUAUAGACCACACAAAGUGUCUCCUUAUGAGGACAACCCUUGCCAUCCUUGUGACUGUGACCCUUUAGGGUCCUUCAGUUCUGUGUGUAUUAAGGAUGAUCCCCAUUCUGAUUUACACAAAGGAAAAUGGCCUGGUCAAUGUCCAUGCAAGGAAGGUUAUGCAGGAGAAAAAUGUGACCGCUGCCAGUUUGGCUUUAAGGAUUACCCAGCCUGCGUCCGCUGUGACUGUAGUCCAGCUGGCAGUAUGAAUGAGGACCCAUGCGCAGAGCCGUGUCUCUGUAAGGAAAAUGUUGAGGGGAAAAACUGUGAUCGCUGCAAACCAGGAUUUUUUAACUUGAAGGAAAGAAACCCCCAGGGCUGCUCUGAGUGCUUCUGCUUUGGUGUUUCCGAUGUCUGCGAUAGUCUUUCUUGGUCCAUUGGUCAGGUGAAAGACAUGGCCGGGUGGCUGGUCACUGACUUGAUCAGUCCAAAUAAGAUCCCGUCUCAGCAGGACGUGCUGGGUGGACGUCAUCAGGUCAGCAUCAACAACACGGUGGUCAUGCAGAGCCUGACUUCCAAGUAUUACUGGUCGGCCCCAGAGGCUUACCUCGGAAAUAAGCUGACUGCAUUUGGCGGAUUCCUGAAGUACACGGUGUCUUAUGAUAUUCCUGUGGGAAUGGUGGACAGCGACCUCAUGUCUCAUGCCGAUGUUAUCAUUAAGGGAAAUGGACUCACUUUAAGCACCUGGGCUGAGGACUUGUCAUUGCAACCUUACGAAGAGUAUGCGAUUAAACUUGUGCCUGAGAACUUCCGGGAUUUUAAUAACAAAAGGGAGAUAGAUCGCGAUCAGCUGAUGACAGUCCUUGCCAAUGUGACACAUCUCUUGAUCAGGGCCAACUAUAAUUCUGCAAAAAUGGCUCUUUACAGGUUGGAGUCUGUCUCUCUGGACACAGCUAGCCCUAAUGUUAUAGACCUGGCACUAGCCACUGACGUGGAGCACUGCGAAUGUCCCCAAGGCCAUGCAGGGAUCUCCUGUGAGUCCUGCCUCUCUGGCUAUUACCGCGUGGAUGGGAUACUGUUUGGAGGAAUUUGUCAACCCUGUGAAUGCCACGGCCAUGCAGCUGAGUGCAGCAUUCAUGGCGAUUGCUUUGCGUGCGAACACAACACCACCGGGGACCACUGUGAGCACUGCCUGCCCGGCUUCUAUGGGCUGCCCUCCCGCGGGACUCCCGGGGACUGCCAGCCUUGUGCCUGCCCCCACUCCUCAGCCUCCAACAAUUUCAGCCCCACCUGCCACCUAGAUGAUGGAGAUGAAGUAGUCUGUGACCAGUGUGCCCCGGGAUACUCAGGAACUUGGUGUGAGAGAUGCGCAGACGGUUACUAUGGAAACCCAACAGUGCCUGGGGAAUCCUGUGAUUUGUGUAACUGCAGCGGCAAUGUUGACCCCUCAGAGGCUGGUCACUGUGACUCUGUCACUGGAGAAUGCCUGAGGUGCAUUGGAAACACAGAUGGUUCCCACUGUGAAAGAUGUGCUGACGGGUUCUACGGGGACGCUGUGACUGCUAAAAAUUGCCGUGCCUGUGAAUGCCAUGGAAAGGGCUCCUUUUCUGGCAUCUGCCAUCCUGAGACGGGGCUCUGCGACUGCAAACCACAUGUGACCGGACAACAGUGUGAUCAGUGCUUGUAUGGCUAUUACGGGUUGGACACAGGGCUUGGCUGCCUGCCCUGUAACUGCAGCAUGUCGGGCUCUAUGUCGGGUGACUGCACGGAGGAAGGCCAGUGUCACUGUGUACCAGGUGUAGCUGGGAAAAGGUGCGACAGGUGUGCACGUGGCUUCUAUGCAUUCCAGGAUGGUGGCUGUACAUCCUGUGACUGCAUUCACACUCACAAUACAUGUGACCCGGUGUCAGGGGAGUGUAUCUGCCCUCCUCAUACUCGAGGCGUAACAUGUGAAGAAUGUGAGGACGGACACUGGGGCUAUGAUCUGGAGCACGGAUGCCAGGCCUGCAAUUGCAGUCGUGAAGGGUCAGCCAGUCAUCAGUGCGAUGUGCUCACUGGCCAUUGCCAAUGUAAGCCUGAAUUUGGUGGACGGAGCUGCCAUCAGUGCUCCCUCGGCUUCAGAGACUUUCCAGACUGUGUAGCCUGUGACUGUGACCUGAGAGGGACGUUGGUGGACACCUGUGAUGAGGGACAGAGUCUUUGCAGCUGUGCAGAGCAAACUGGUACCUGCUCUUGCAAGGAAAAUGUCCUUGGCCUUCAGUGCAGCGAGUGUCGAGCUGGCACCUACGCUCUCCAUGCUGACAACCCUCUGGGAUGCACCCCGUGCUUCUGCUUUGGGCUGUCACAACUCUGCUCGGAGGUGGAGGGUUAUGUGAGGAUGCCAAUAACGCUGGGCUCAGAUCAGCCUCUUCUGCGUGUGGUUUCUCAGAGUAACCUCAGGGGCACGACCGAAGGGGUGUAUUACCAGGCCCCUGAUGUCCUCCUGGAUGCUGUGACCGUCAGGCAGCAUGUCCAUGCAGAGCCGUUUUACUGGCGGCUGCCGGGGCAGUUCCAGGGAGACCAGCUCAUGGCCUAUGGUGGCAAACUGGAGUACAGCGUGGCCUUCUAUUCCUCCAAUGCCAUGGGCACCUUCAAUCUCGAGCCUCAAGUGCUCAUCAAAGGAGGCCGGACCAGAAAGCAAGUUAUUUACAUGAAUGCACCUGCACCAGAGAACGGAGUGAGACAAAAGCAAGACAUAGGAAUGAAAGAGAAUUACUGGAAAUAUUUUAAUUCUGUUUCUGAAAAACCUGUCACACGCUCAGAUUUUAUGUCUGUUCUUAGCAACAUUGAGUACAUCCUCAUCAAAGCAUCUUAUGGUCAAGGAUUACAGCAAAGCAGAAUCUCAAACAUUUCAAUGGAGGUGGGCAGGAAGGCUGCAGAGCAGCACGCAGGAAGGAAGGUUGCCUCCCUGCUGGAGAAGUGUCUCUGUCCUCCUGGUACAGCUGGACUUUCAUGUCAGCCUACCUGUGAUGAUGAAUGUGUAGGGGUGCUGCUGAAUGACUUAGACAAUAUUGGCAAUCCCAUUCUUUCUGUGAACCUCACCGGCUUUAUCCCUGUCCUGAAUGGAAUUUUGUCACACCUGGAAAACAGAACUAAGCAUCUCGGGGUAGAAAUUAUUGAAAAGGCAAUGACUCUAAAUCAGACCUUGGAUGAAGAUGUCCAGAUACCCAGUUCUGCUCUUCAGAAUAUGCAAAAGAACAUUACAUCUUUUCUGGAAACCAUACAGAAAAGGCAUUUCAUGCAGUUGCACCAAAAUGCCACACUUGAGCUCAAGGCUGCUGAAGAUUUAUUGUCUCAAAUCCAGAAAAAUUACCAGAAGCCACAGGAAGAACUGAAGGUAAUAAAAGAAGCAGCAAUCAGCCUCCUUUCCAAACAUAACAGUGAACUGCAGGCAGCAGAAGACCUCGUGAGGAAAGCAGAGGCGAAGACCCAGGAAAGCAACCCCCUGUUGCUCAUUGUCAGUGCCAGCCUGCAAGAGUUCAAUGAUAUAAAGCGGCAUGUUCAAGAAGAACAAAACUUGACCUCAGUGCUAAUCACCAAAGGAAGAGGUUUGCUAGAUGCUGCCACUGCGCGUGCAAAGGCUGCACAAAAUGCUCUAGCGCAUUUAGAGCAUCACUGUGAUGAGCUACUUCUAUGGACUGCCAAAAUCAGGCACCAUGUGGAUGAUCUGGUUAUGCAGAUGUCCAAAAGAAGAGCACUUGACCUUGUCUACAGAGCUGAAGAUCAUGCAGCUGAGCUCCAUAGAUUAGCAGGCGCUUUGGACAGUGGCCUUGGAAAUGUUAGACAUGUGUCCCUGAAUGCAACCAGUGUGACCCACAUCCAUUCCAACAUUAGGAGCCUGAUUGAAGAAUCAGAAAAAUUGGCAAAAGAUGCUCUCUGGACUGUGACUGAGGCAAUUCUGUUCUCAGAAUCCCUCAUGUCUAAUGGGAAAGUGGCUCUCCAGCUCAGUUUGAAAUUUCUGAAAGAAGGCAAUAGCCUGAGCAGAAAGCAUCAAGGUAUCACAUUGGAACUGAGAGAGUUGAAAAAUACGGCAAACACAUUUCAAGAGAAUGCUGAUAAAAUUACUAGGCAGACCAAUGAAUCACUCUUGGUACUUAGAACAAUUCCUGAAGGUGUCAGAAAUAAGGGAACCAAAAUCAAAGAGCUGGCCAUAUCUGCCAAUGAGAGUGCUGUGAACACACUAAACAAUGUUGUGGGACUUAGUCAGAAGCUGUUGAACACAUCGACAGACCUGUCCAGGUUCCAAGCCAUGUUCCAAGAAACAAAUGAACUUCUACGGGACUCUUCAAUGACCACUCUAUUAGCUGGAAGAAAAGUUAAAGAUGUGGAAACACAAGCCAACCUUUUAUUUGAUCGGUUGAAGCCUUUGAAGAUAUUAGAAGAGAAUCUAAGCAGAAACCUUUCAGAAAUUAAACUGCUGAUCAGCCAGGCUCGGAAACAAGCAGCAUCUAUUAAAGUUGCUGUGUCUGCAGACAGAGAUUGUAUCCGGGCCUACCAGCCUCAGAUUUCUUCUACUAACUAUAACACCUUAACUCUAAAUGUUAAAACAAGCGAACCCAAUAACCUUCUCUUCUACCUCGGUAGCAGCACCAGCUCUGAUUUCCUGGCAGUGGAGAUGCGACGAGGGAAAGUGGCCUUCCUCUGGGAUAUGGGCUCCGGGUCAGCACGGUUGGAAUUUCCAGACUUCCCAAUUGAUGACAACAAAUGGCACAGUAUCUACGUAACCAGAUUUGGAAACAUUGGUUCAUUGACUGUUAAGGAAAUGAGUACAACUCAAAAGCCACCACCUAAAACAAGUAAAUCCCCAGGAGCAGCUAAUGUGCUGGAUAUAAACAAUUCAACACUAAUGUUUGUCGGAGGGCUUGGAGGACAGAUCAAGAAGUCUCCCGCUGUGAAGGUUACACAUUUCAAAGGCUGCAUGGGAGAGGCCUUCUUGAAUGGACAGUCGAUUGGUCUGUGGAACUAUAUUGAAAGAGAGGGCAAGUGCCAUGGCUGCUUUGGCAGUCCCCAGAAUGAAGACUCUUCCUUCCAUUUUGAUGGGAGUGGGUAUUCUGUUGUGGAGAAGACGCUCCGGGCUACCGUGACGCACAUAAUUUUGCUUUUUAGUAGCUUUUCAGCUAACGGGCUUCUUCUCUAUCUUGCUUCAAAUGGCACUAAAGACUUUUUAUCAAUCGAGCUGGUCCAUGGCAGAGUUAAAGUCACAGUUGACCUGGGCUCAGGGCCUCUUGCUCUUGUUACAGACCGACGUUAUAACAAUGGAGCCUGGUACAAAAUCACCUUCCAGCGAAACCGGAAGCAAGGACUCCUAGCAGUUAUUGAUGCCUAUAACACUACUUAUAAGGAAACCAAACAAGGUGAAACCCCAGGAGCGUCUUCUGACCUCAAUCGUCUUGAUAAGGAGCCAAUUUAUGUGGGUGGAAUACCUAGGUCAAGAGUUGUAAGGAAAGGAAUCACCAACAAAAGCUACAUGGGCUGUAUCAAAAACCUGGAAAUAUCCAGAUCGACCUUUGAUUUACUCAGAAAUUCCUAUGGAGUGAGAAAAGGCUGUAUACUGGAGCCUAUCCGAAGUGUUAGCUUCUUGAAAGGAGACUACAUUGAAUUACCACCCAAGUCUUUGUCACCAGAUUCAGAAUUGUUGGUAACAUUUGCCACCAUGAACAGCAGUGGCAUCAUCCUGGCUGCCCUGGGCAAGCAUGGGGAUGAGGAGGGUCAUCGGCGGGCCCAUCGGCCCUUCUUUGCUAUCAUGCUGAUGGAAGGCCACGUUGAAGUGCAUGUCAAUUUGGGGGAUGGAACAAGUCUGAGAAGAGCUCUCCUGCAUGCUCCCACGGGCAUGUACGCCGACGGACAAGAGCAUUCUGUCUCCUUGAUAAGGAGUGGAAGAAUUAUCACUGUCCAAUUGGAUGAGACAAAUCCUGUAGACAUGAAGUUGGAACCAUCAGUGGAAAGCACAACAAUAAAUGUAUCCAACCUGUACAUAGGGGGGAUUCCAGAGGGUGAGGGGACAUCCAUGCUCAAGAUGAGAAGAUCAUUCCAUGGCUGUAUCAGAAACCUCAUCUUUAACAUGGAGCUUUUGGAUUUCACUAGUGCAGUUGGCCAUGAACAAGUGGACUUGGACGCCUGCUUGCUUUCAGAAAGGCCUCAGCUGGCUCUUCGUGGAGAGGAGGGCAAGCUGUUGCCAGAGCCCCAGCCUUUACCAAGUCCACGUCAGUGUGCCGUGGAUGGAGCCCCAGAGUAUGUCCCCAAUGCACACCAGUUUGGUCUCAUGCAAGGCAGCCAUUUUGUCCUGCCUUUCAAUCAGCUGGCUGUUAGAAAGAGGCUCUCAGUUCAGCUACGUAUCCGUACGCUUGCCUCCAGUGGUCUCAUUUACUACAUGGCUCACCAGAACCAAGUGGACUACGCCACACUCCAGCUGCACAGGGGCCACCUCCACUUCCUAUUUGAUCUUGGGAAAGGCAGAACAAAAGUCUCUCACCCUGCGCUGCUCAGUGAUGGCAAGUGGCACACGGUAAAGACAGAAUACUUUAAAAGAAAGGGCUUCAUGGUGGUUGAUGGCCAGGAGUCCCCCAUGGUGACCACAGUGGGCGAUGGCACCACAUUGGAUGUGGAAGGAAAGUUGUACCUGGGAGGCCUCCCCUCCGAUUACAGGGCCAGGAACAUUGGAAAUAUCACCCACAGCAUCCCCGCUUGCAUUGGGGAGGUGACAGUGAACAGCAAACAGCUGACCAAGGGCAGCCCAGUGUCUGCAUUUGCAGUAGCCAGGUGCUACGCAGAGGUCCAGGAAGGAACUUUCUUUGAAGGAAGUGGCUAUGCGGCUCUCGUCAAAGAAGGCUACAAAGUCCGAUCAGAUGUAAACAUCACACUGGAGUUUCGUACCUCCUCAGAGAAUGGCGUCCUCCUGGGGAUCAGCAGUGCCAAAGUGGAUGCCAUUGGAUUAGAGAUUGUGAAUGGCCAGCUCUUGUUUCACGUUAACAAUGGUGCUGGUCGGAUAACGGCCACAUAUAAGCCCAAAGCCACUAACAGCCUCUGCAGUGGAACAUGGCACACCCUGCAAGCUCACAAGAGCAAACACCGUGUGGUUCUGAUUGUCGAUGGGAAUGCCGUUCAUGCUGAAAGUCCACACACCCAGUCCACCUCAGUGGACACCAAUAAUCCCAUUUACGUCGGCGGCUAUCCUGCUGAUGUAAAGCAAAACUGCCUGAGCAGCCAGACUUCCUUCCGUGGGUGUUUGAGAAAGCUCACUCUGACUAAGGGCCCACAAGUACAAUCCUAUGACUUCAGCAGAGCUUUUGACCUGCAGGGCGUUUUCCCUCAUUCCUGUCCUGCGACUGAGCCCUGAGCUUCAGGGAAACUCCUCAAUUGGUUAUAUUUUGCUUAUAUUUUCAAGAGAAUUAUUUUUGUGAAUUAAAAUCUCUGUAGUUCAGAUGUCAUUUCCAACUCAGGUUAAGUGCACAGAUUUUGUGUUAUGUUAAACUAAAACCACAUGUACAACAAAUACCUCUGUUAGAUAGUUUAAAAUGUCAGUUGAAUUCAUUAGCUCUCUUUUUUAGUUUUUCAAUGAAUCUUUGUAAGUACUGAAUAUUCUGUUAAUUACUUGACAGUGUUUCACGUUUUGCGUUUUGAGCUUUUAGAAAAUAAAAUAUCACUACACACUGUAAUAAAUUAGAGCAGAGAAUGAAUCCUUUCUUUACCAAAAUGUUAAGCUCUGAAUUCUACAACAGACACAAGAAAUACAAUUGUUGCUUUCCAGCAGAGGGCACCAGCUGUUUGCCACAUAAGCCUUUUAAACAAGCUCCAGGGAGGUCAGAGGGACAAAAGGAGAAAAGGAAGGGGACGGACAUAUCCUUGUUCUGUUAGGACCUAACAGAGCGCUUUGCAGCACAAAUAUCAACAACAACAACAAAUUACAACUUUUUAGCUCUUCUUUUAUUUUAUUGUCUUCUUUUAUUUUCACCCCUUGGGAUAAGACAGUUUUUCUUGAUCAACUGCUUUUUCUAGGAGAAUGUGUAAUUUCAAAAGAGGGAAAAAUUAA